AUCGGGAAGGAACAAAGAGACAAGGGCGGCGGCGGUGAAGGUGAACUGGUUAACCUACCCCAUGGCUAGUGCUAGUGGGGAGGAGAAUACGAAGGCGGCGGGACGCGUGGCGCUGCACCGGCUGUUCGUGUUCGCGGACAGGACGGACGCCGCGCUCAUGGCCGUGGGCGCCGUCGCCGCGGUGGCGAACGGGAUGGCGCAGCCGCUCAUGACCUUAAUCUUCGGCGACGUCAUUGAUGCCUUCGGCUCCGGAAUCACCGACGGCGUCGUACACAGGGUCGUCCAGGUGAUCAUGAACUUUGUUUAUCUUGCCAUUGGAUCAGGAAUAGCUUCAACCUUCCAGGUAUCGUGUUGGACAAUUACUGGAGAAAGACAGGCGGCACGAAUCAGAGCCUUGUAUCUCAAGGCAAUUCUGAGACAGGAUAUUGCAUUUUUUGACAUGGAAAUGAGUGCUGGGCAAGCGGUUGAGAGGAUGGCAGGAGACACAUUCCUCAUUCAAGAUGCCAUUGGAGAAAAGGUUGGGAAGUCCAUACAGCUCCUUUCUACUUUCAUUGGUGGCUUCAUCAUUGCAUUCACGAGAGGAUGGCUCUUGGCCCUUGUUAUGCUUUCAACCGUCCCUCCAAUUGUCAUUGCCGGUGCAAUUGUUUCAAAGUUGAUGACAGGACUCUCCACCCGAAUGCAAGCAAACUAUAGUGAUGCUGGAAACGUUGUGGAGCAAACUCUCGGUGCCAUUAGGACGGUUGUUUCAUUCAACGGCGAGAAUCAGGCUAUAACAAGAUAUAACACGUUUAUAAGAAAGGCAUAUCAAUCUUCUCUGCAAGAAGGUGCUGUAAAUGGCCUUGGAUUUGGUUUAAUAAUGACAAUCUUAUUUUCAAGUUAUGGGUUGGCUGUUUGGUAUGGAUCUAAACUGAUAGUCGAGCGAGGUUAUAAUGGUGGCAUGGUCAUUUCUGUUAUCAUGGCUGUCAUAAUAGGAGCAAUGUCCUUAGGUCAGACAACACCCUCAGUAACAGCUUUCGCAGAAGGUCAAGGAGCAGCAUAUAGAAUGUUCAAGAUUAUUGAACGCAAGCCAAAUAUUGAUAUAGAUGAUAGCACAGGUAUCAUAUUGGAGGAUAUCAAGGGUGAUGUUGAACUGAAGGACGUGUACUUCAGCUAUCCCACCAGGCCUGAACAUUUGAUUUUUGAUGGAUUCUCGUUGCAAGUACCAAGUGGAACAACUAUGGCCCUAGUUGGUGAUAGCGGCAGUGGGAAAUCAACCGUAAUUAGUUUGGUGGAAAGGUUCUAUGAUCCGCAGGCUGGAGAAGUCUUGAUUGAUGGGGUUGACAUUAGAAGAAUGAAGCUUGGAUGGAUGAGAGGAGCAAUUGGUCUCGUCAGCCAAGAACCAGUGUUAUUCUCAACUACAAUCAGGGAAAACAUUGCCUACGGAACAGAAAAUCUAACACUUGAAGGGAUCAAGAGAGCAACAGAGCUUGCUAAUGCUGCUAAAUUCAUUGACAAAUUACCAAAUGGUCUUGACACAAUGGUCGGAGAACAUGGAACUCAACUGUCUGGAGGGCAGAAACAAAGAAUAGCAAUUGCUAGAGCAAUCAUGAAGAACCCUAAGAUCUUACUACUGGAUGAAGCAACCAGUGCGUUGGAUAUGGAAUCGGAGCGGGUAGUUCAAGAAGCUUUGAAUAGGAUAAUGGUUGAAAGGACAACAAUUGUUGUUGCUCAUCGCCUAAGCACGGUGAAGAAUGCUGAUGUGAUAUCAGUCCUACAGCAUGGGAAGAUGGUGGAACAAGGCUCACAUGUUGACCUGAUGAAGAUACCUGGAGGUGCUUACUCUCAGCUGAUUCAUCUACAUGAGACUCAACAAGAGGCAGAAAAUGUCCACCCUGAUAUGAAAGUUACAAACAGUUUUGGCUUCAGAUCUAUUGAUAGCAAACCAAGAAGCCAAAGUAUUUCCAGGAGAUCAACCAGUAAAGGCUCCUUCUCUUUUGGGCACUCUAUCCCUGCUCCAGUUGGCUCACCUGAUCCAAUGGAAACUAGUGAUGCUCCUGACAUAGGAGAAGCUACAGACAAAGUGACUAGCUCUCAGAAGAAAGCUUCAAUUGGCAGACUCUUCCAUCUGAACAAGCCAGAAACUUUUGUUCUUGCACUUGGUUCUAUCACUGCUGUCAUGCAUGGUAUUAUGUUUCCUAUAUAUGGCAUAUUGAUUUCGACUGCUAUAAAGGUGUUCUAUGAGCCACCCGAAGAACUACUGAAGGAUUCCAGAUUCUGGGCAAGCAUGUUUGCUGUGCUAGGCGCUUGCACAUUUGUUCUGAUUCCAACAGAGUACUUCCUGUUUGGACUAGCAGGCGGAAAGCUUGUGGAGCGCAUACGUUCAAUGACGUUCCAAAGUAUAAUGCGCCAAGAAAUCAAUUGGUUUGAUAAACCAGAACACUCGAGUGGAUCAAUUUGUGCAAGGCUAUCAACUGAUGCUCUGAAUGUGAAGCGUCUAGUUGGAGACAAUUUAGCACUUAAUGUCAACACUGCAUCAACUAUCAUAUCAGGCUUCACCAUAGCAAUGGUGGCAAACUGGAAGCUGGCACUGAUUAUCACAGUUGUGAUCCCUUUUGUGGCUUUCCAAACCUAUGCUCAAAUGAUAUUCCUGAAAGGUCUUAAUAGAAAUGCAAAGUUGAGGUAUGAAGAAGCAAGUCAAGUAGCAACUGAUGCAGUUGGUGGCAUCAGAACUGUAGCGUCUUUUUCUGCUGAAAAUAAGGUGAUGGACGCCUAUGAGAAGAAGUGUGAAUCUCCAAGAAGGCAAGGGAUAAAGGAAGGUGUUGUUGGUGGCUUGGGGUUUGGCGUCUCAUUCCUUGCUUUCUACCUCACGUAUGCUCUGUGCUUCUAUGUCGGUGCAAAGUUUGUUCAGCAAGGAACAGCAACAUUUCCAGAAGUGUUUAGGGUUUUCUUCGUAUUAGCUUUAGCUACAGGUGCGGUCUCGCGAACAAGUGCAGUUGGGGCAGACAGUGCCAAGGCUAGUGAUUCAGCCAUCUCUAUCUUUGAAAUUCUUGACCACAAGUCUAAGAUCGAUUACAGCAGCGAGGAGGGUGUGACCAUCACAAGUGUGAGGGGUGACAUUGAUUUCCAGAAUGUCUGCUUCAAGUAUCCAUUGAGACCGAAUGUUCAAAUCUUUAACGAUUUAUCAUUGAGAAUUCCUUCUGGAAAGACUGUUGCACUAGUUGGAGAGAGCGGAAGCGGGAAGUCUACGGUGAUUGCCCUACUCGAAAGGUUCUAUGACCCAGAAUCUGGUAAGAUCUUUCUUGACGAUGUGGAACUUCAGACCCUCAAAGUUAGCUGGCUUCGACAGCAAGUUGGGCUUGUUGCACAAGAGCCAGUGUUAUUCAAUGACACAAUCCGCGCCAACAUAGCUUAUGGGAAGCAAGGGGGAGUAUCUGAAGAAGAGAUCAUUGCUGCUGCUAAAGCAGCCAAUGCGCAUACGUUCAUCGCCGCACUGCCUGAUGGGUACAACACCAUUGUUGGUGAAAGAGGGAGCCAAUUGUCAGGGGGGCAGAAGCAGCGCGUUGCCAUUGCAAGGGCCAUCAUAAAGGACCCCAAGUUACUACUUCUGGACGAGGCCACAAGUGCGCUAGAUGCGGAGUCAGAGCGAGUGGUUCAAGAGGCGCUCGACCAGGUGAUGGUUGGUAGAACCACCGUGGUGGUGGCGCAUCGCUUAUCAACAAUCAGAGGUGCAGAUAUCAUCGCUGUUUUGAAGAAUGGGGCAGUUUUGGAGAAAGGUAGGCAUGAAGAACUAAUGCUUGUAAAGGAUGGAACCUAUGCUUCACUUGUUGAGCUCAGUUCUAGUUCUGCAUGACCUGUGCAAAACCACCAUAAACAUGGAUUGAAUAAUCAGUAAAAGUGUGAAAGAGCAGGUGUGCGCAUGAACUGCCCAACCAAUCACCAGUUGUCUAUAUCAUGGCUGAACGCAGAUAGCAACCAAACAAACUCCAGUGCAUACAUUGGUCCUGGCCAGCAAGGGGUUAGUGCUGCAGGUACGAGCCAGGCUUGGCUACGCAAGGAACCAAACGCCCCCAUAAUGACACCCAAUGCUUGACAUUCCGAGCAGCAAACGGCUGCAGCAGGCCCUCAAGAUAACUAGUUAGUUGCACGCAUAUCUUUGUAUUUCCUCCAUCCCAAAUAUUUUGUAAAUUCUAGUUUUACCUUAAGUGAAACUUUUCUACCUUUAGUUAACCAAGUUUAUAUAAAGAAAUACACCAAUGCAAGCUAGUUUUGUUAGAUCCACCAUGAAAUAGCUGGUCCCAGUAUGAGUGAGGAUCCUGUUGGGCAUUCCCCCCACCCCCUAUUUUUCAUCAUAUAAUACAAUGAAAUGCAGCUCUCCCGUGUUUUUUUUUUAAAAAUAUGUGCACUUUGAAACAA